AUGCGUCUAUUGACUGCCGGGCUGGUGCUGCCUUCGGCGGCGCUGGCAGCAAGGGUUCUUCUUUCCGCCGGGGAUGAGGGCAUCGGUGCCAGGCGGCACGCCUUCAAUUCUGCCAGCGCGGACGGGGCAGGGCCGCCGGCGGAAGAUCCGGCAGAGCUGCCUCCUGAGUGGCAGCAACGGCUCGAGGUCUCCGAUCGCCUGGCACAUGGGGGAUAUGGGACGGUGUACAAGGUCAAGAUCACGUGCGGCGAGAGCCACGGCGCCGACUUGGCCCUGAAGGUCGCUCGUCCCUCUGCUUCGGCCGAGAGGGAGGCGAGCUGCUCAGGCUGCUGUCCUUCGGGAGAUGCAUGGCGUCAGCGACUACUGCUCCAGCACUGUGGGAAAGCCCGACUUCAUAGACUAUCGAGGCUCUCACUACAUCCUCAUGCCCUACAU